GAAAGUUUUAGAGUAAUUCCACAUGCACCUCUUGAUCUGAAUUUGUUUGCCAUCAGAACAAACUGACUUGCUCCAGAGAUCUCUUUCUUGUCCUUCUGGCUGGACUCUGAUCAAUAGUCGCUGCUUUCAAUAUGUUCAAAAAAGCAUGACUUGGGCAAGAGCCGAGAGAAACUGUCUGUCCAUGGGGGCAAACCUUGCAUCAGUUCAGGACUUGAACGAGUACAAUCAGAUUCAGAUUAUAGUAACUGCAGCAGGUCACGGGGCCAAACAAGCAUGGAUUGGAGGCACUAAUGCACAGGAGGAGAGCAUUUGGUUGUGUAGCAAUGGAAGCCGUUUCGACUACACACACUGGUGUUCUGGACAGAAUAAUAAUGAUGGAGGCAACCAGCGCUGUUUACAGAUAAACUAUUCAGGUGCAAAGUGCUGGGAUGACCUGGGGUCUAAUCACAAUCUGCCUUCUGUCUGCGCCAAGAAACCCUGAAAACUGUGAGGUUCCCAAAGAGGCCAGAUUUAAAACAGAACCAGUGGAGGGUCAGUGCUUUUUGUUUCUGUUUUCCUGCCUUUUUAACCUUCAGAAAACCCAAAGAUAUUUCUGCUUCUUUACUUCCUAUAAUUUCUCUCUUUAAUGCAACCUAAGGAAUGAAGCGACAAGCAAACAGCAGCUGGAUUGUCUCUCUGUAAUAAGAUCAGACUGAAUGAGUCAUAAGAAAGAAUCAUCUAUGCAAAACUUUCUUCUAUUCUUUGGCCAAGCAAAAUAAAACUUUUACGGUUUA